UGAUGCGCGCAGGGGGGAUCUGGGCUGUGUGAGUGCGGUUUGCCAGCUGCACCGGAGAAUUGCUCGGCUGAAUUUAGGAGAGAGGGCUGCAGCGUUUGGUCGCGUACUUUGGACCAUGCGGCUCCCGGUAUUCGUGCAGUUUGAUCAGGGGAAGACCCCCGCAUGCAUCUGAGGAGACCCUUCAACACUGAAAAGUUACAAUAACCGCCACCAGCAGCACCCAACCCCCUCCCGGUUCCCUGGCUGCCGGAGGAAGUGACAGCUUAUCGCACAGAGGCUAUUCCCCCUCUCGUCCUGCUCUGACCUGGAGCUUCUGGAUGGACACCCUUACUUAAGUUGCUGUGCUCUCCUUCUGAAGCAUGGCCUUUGACCCCUCGUCUUUUGUCCUGCCAGAGCUUUUGCAGCACCUCAAUAUCCAGAGUGUGGACACUGGUCAGGAGGACCCUUUUGAGUCUUUUUGUAAUCUGGAAAGUGGACGUUAUUAUGAUGUGGUUCCCACUGUGGUAUGCUCCUUGUGCUGCCUAUUUGGACUGGUGUACAUAUUUUUCGGCUACAGGUGCUUCAAAGCCAUUAUGUUUCUGUCUGGCCUGCUGGCUGGUUCAGCGGUCAUCUUUUUGCUUUGCUACAAAGAAAGAAUCCUGGACACCCAGUUGAGUCUAGAGUUGAGUGCAGGCAUUGCCCUAGGAAUCGGCCUGCUUUGUGGCUUGGUCACCAUGCUUGUGCACAGUGUGGGUCUAUUCAUGACAGGCCUUCUUCUUGGACUGCUGCUUGCCAUUGCCUGCUUAGUAGGACUUGAGCAGUUUUACCAUCCUCCCACGGCAUGGGUCCCAGUGGGCAUGAUGAUGGGAUCUUCUAUGCUGUUUGCAGUACUGACUCUUCAGUGGCAGAAACUGUUCACAGUGGUUUCCACCGCAACAUUUGGGGCCGCUAUCUUGACUGUAUGCACAGAUUACUUCAUUGAGUUAAUGCUGCUGGUGCAGUAUGUCUAUGAUCGGCUUCGCUUGGAAUACUCACUUCCCCUCUGCUGGUACAGCUGGGUUGUCCUGGGAAUUUGGCCAGUGCUAAGCAUCCUGGGAAUUGUAGUCCAAUGGAAAGUCACAGCCGAGGGCUACUCUCAUACUGAUGUGAUAAUAAGCAGACGUCAAAAACGUCUCCAGCUCUUGAGGAUUCGGCAGAAAGAAGCUAAGAAGCGUCAGAAUGUUGCUCCUCCAGAGGGCACUUAUCGGCGAAAGGCUAAUCCAGUGAAAAGAUACACUGGGGACAUUCUUGCACCGAGUUACUUGCAGAGCUUGAGGGACCGUCAGACAGGAACCGGUACGUCCAUGAGCAGUCUGAGCACAAACAUGCAGACGGUUGUGGACUUGGACUAUGAAUGUGGAUCCACUGUACCGCUCACUGCCACUACACCUGUGGUCAGAGUAUAAUGGAGUGAAGUCUGGGAAUUUUCACACCUAAGGAAUAACUGCCAUAGCCACAUGAUUUUGCUAGACAGCACUUAUUUUUCUGUGCCU